AUGGUUGAUUACUGCAGAGCUCUAACCUCUCCUUAAUAGCAAGCAGCUUUGAAAUAAUCAUAGUUUUUUGAAAAAUAAUUCCUCUGUAAGUUAUAUAUUUUUUUUUAUCUACAACAAAAAUUUUUCAAGAAAAUAAAUAUUUUAAAUUUUACCCUAUAAAUAAGGGGAAAAAAACUUCUUAUAAAAGCAAACAAAAAAUUUGUAUAUUUUUUGUCGAAGAGAAUAAGCAACAUAUCAGAAGUUUCUGAAAGAAAUGAGCACAGCGAAAGAUCUUCACCCACAAACUACUCUUCCCAAUUUAAAUCUGGGAAUCCAUUUAAACAACUAAGUUCCAUCUCCGAAGAUGAAUCAGACACAGAUAUAUCUCCAGAGCUGGGAGUUGAUAAAAAUUCAAAAUCAGGCAAAGGAAAUAAAAGUACAGCAGAAGACAGCUUAAAAACUCAAGCUUCUAAACAAAAAAGAAGCGUGUUUAACUCAAACCAAAAUUUAGAUCAAUUGGUAUCAAUGCGAAUCAAUGGCGAUAAAUGCUCUUGCACCUGCAUUAUGUUUUAA